AUCCAUCACUGUCAGAAAAGGUGGAGGAGCUCUUAGGGAGGAAAGGAAAGAUCGUUUUCUAACCCAGGUUUUUAGGAAAGUGUCGAAUAAUGAGGAAAAUUAAGAGAAAAUAAUUAUUUUUUUAAAGUUAAAUAUUGAUUUAAUAAUUCGUCCCAUAAAGAAAAUCUAAAUCAAAUGAAAUCAGGUGCUAAUUCGGACAACUUUGGUAAAUUUUUACGCAUCAGUCCCAUUAAAAAGCUUCUUUUUAUCACAUUAAAGCAACUAAUUGGUUAUUCGAACCCCAAAUAGCAGUUUGUGUUAAUGGAAACAGUCUCAGGAAUAGAAGAUGUUUGUUUUGUUUAAAGACGUGAUGUUGCGCCUCAUAAAGGUCUGAACUCGUCGCGCAUUAGUUAAACCAACUCUCGGGCUAAUUGCUCACUUUGUAUGCAAAUAUUGGACACGUUGUUUGGACAAGAGAGGGUGGAGGGAGGGGGUGACGAUGGGACAGGCUCUGUUGUCAGUUGCCACCCAAGACGUGAUUCAGCUCCAACAAUCACCAUUAUCUGUUCCUCAGCGCGACGCUACGGGACGAAUCUGUAAUGAUGACGAGUGUUUCCUUGGCUCUUUGUCGAGUCCACACCCAGUGAUCAUUAUUCAGGUACCGAACCGAGCGCGAGGCUUUAAAACGCUCAGCUUGGUGCGCGCUGCUGUUUGGACAGCGCGUAAAGAGGAGCGUCUGUUAGAGUUCGCGUUCUUGUUUGCUAAACAAACCCGGAGUGAGUCCAGAUGACUGCGCCACCCAGGUUCAGCUUUUCCGUCCGGAGCAUCCUGGACCUGCCGGAGCAAGAUGCGGAGGCGGCGCCGCGCUCCUCCUCGGUGUUCUCCUCCUGCUCCUCUGGCUCUCCAUCCUACAGCCACUGGAUCCACUGCGACCAGAGUCCGUGUUUAUCUUCUGAUGAGGGCCAGUUCGGAACCUCUCCGGACUCUACCAAACCGGACGCCUGCCUGGACUCGGAGCCGGAGAGGAUCAAGAAGAACAAGAAGCGCCGCGUCUUGUUCUCCAAGGCCCAGACUCUGGAGCUGGAGAGGCGCUUCCGCCAGCAGCGGUACCUGUCCGGUCCGGAGCGAGAGCAGCUUGCCCGAAUCCUGAGCCUCACCCCGACGCAGGUGAAGAUCUGGUUCCAGAACCACCGCUACAAGAUGAAGAGAGGCCGAGCGGAGGGCGCGCAUUUGGACGUGGAGAUACCGCCGCCUCCGCUGCUGCGCCGGGUCGUUGUUCCGAUUCUGGUCCGGGACGGGAAGCCUUUCCAUCCCUGUUUACUCGACACAGAGAAGGCUGGUUGCUGUCCUCCCUCUCAUGCGCUCCCUUUCCCCCUGGCAUUCCCCACCCUCCAGCACCCCUCCAGGUACCAGCAGCACUUCCCGGCUGCGGCGGCCUCCAGGUUCGCCUGGAGGGACUUUUGGAGCGACUCGGUUCCGUUAAGUUCCUUCAAAUGAAGCUCUUGUGUAAAUAAACAUUUAGAAUGGCAUCAAAUGUUUUCUAAAUACUUUGAGCUACUUAAACAUUUUGAUCUGAACACAUUUUGCACAUUUAUGUUGAUAUUUUAUGUGUUUGAUGGAGCAGCAAGUUUUAAACCCUUUAUUUGUAUAAAUAACUUUUAGACCCAAACAGAAAAACACUUUAGUCUGUGGAGCAAAAUGAAUGUAGUUUGUUGUUUUUAUGGUUAUGUUUUUAAAAGUUUAUUUUGUGGAAAAUAUAUGAAUAAAUCUCAUA